AAAACUCCAAUCCUUGUUUCAGAGAGACGAAAAUGUCGCGUCUAGACCGUCUCCAGAUCAGGGGCAUACGUAGCUUCGGCCCCGAAACGGAAGACGUGGGCGAAAUCAAAUUCCAGUCGCCCUUGACCCUGAUUUUGGGCCAAAAUGGGUGCGGCAAGACCACCAUCAUAGAAGCCCUCAAAUUUGCGAUUUGCAGCGAGCAGCCGCCCAAUUCGAAAUCGAAAAAUGGCGGCAGUGCUUUCGUCCAUGAUCCGAAAUUGGGCAAUUCGUCGGAAACGAUGGCACUGAUCAAGUUGAGGAUCUUUGACGUCCAUAGCAAACCUGUGGUGGUGUCAAGGACUAUGAAGAACACGCAGAAACUGAAAAGCAUGGAGUUCAAGACUAUCGACCAGACUAUUACUUAUGAGAAAAACACGAUUAGCAACAGAUGUAUUGACACUGAUGAGCAGAUGUGCAACUUCAUUGGAGUUUCAAAGCCAAUUCUCAACUAUGUCAUUUUUUGCCACCAAGAACAAUCGUGCUGGCCAAUGGAAGAAGGCAAAACAGUUAAGGAGCGGUUCGAUCAGAUAUUCGACGCAGAUAAAUACAACAAAUGUUUGGAAAAGAUACGGAAAAUGAGAUCAACGCGAGUCACUGAAAAUCGGCUGACCGCCAAAGAUGUGGAAUACUUGAAGGAUAACUGGGAGACAGCUUUGCAGUAUAAGGAGAAACUGGAGACAGAGCAGGCCAAAUUGGUCGCCUGUGAAAACACCAUGGAAGCGUGUGCUCGCGAACUCUCAAAGGUUGAAGACAAACUGAAAGUGGUGAAAAAGAAAGAGAUGAAUAUAACGGAACUGAUAGCUCAGAAAACGGCCGACACGAGGAUUCUGGAAUCGUUGAAGAAAUCACUGGAUGAAAUAGUCGAAGGUCUUCCUAUGGGGGAGUUCGCUGGUAAUGAUGAGGAAUUGGAGGAUGCCAUAAAGUCGUUCAAUUUGGAUUUCGACGAGAAGAAGAAGAAGCUGCAAGAAAUCGAAGCCCAAAUCAAGAAUAUGGACUCUUCUGAGAAGCUGAUGCAGAGUAAACUGAGCGCUCAGCAGGUGAAACUUGGCAAACUGAAGCGGGACCAGGACGCCUACAAGGAUAUGGUGCAACAACGCAAUGACGCAUUCAACAAACUGGCUAUGGCCGUUGGCAUUAGUGAUUCGGGCCCAUCCACACCGGGCAGUUCGUGCACCAGUUUCGACACGUCCAUGGAAGAGGUGGAGGAUAAAAUUCGCGAGCUGCGAUCGGAGGUGGAGAGACAGAAAGGGGAGGCGGACAGGAGAGAGAAGAGUGAGCAGGAUGGGGUGGAUGCCAUAAGGCGGGAACAGGCAAAGCUGGAACAGACCAAGCAACUCAAGACGGAUCAGCUGAAUAAGGCUAAACUGGAUAUGAAGAAGGUGGUCGCUGAUCUUGAAGAGGUAGGGCAAUCUUCGAAGAAUUUGACAGCAUUGGAUAAUCGAUUGAAACGCGUGGUGGCCGAAAUCAAAUCGGAAUCUGAAGGUGUGGACGUAAGCGCUAUGGACUCUGAAAUCAAAACACUGCAAACAAAAAUUACUGAAAUUGAAGAUGAGAUGUUGGAAGUGAAUAAAGAGAUAGAUGAUCUGAUUGAAGUGAGCAACCUGCAGACAUCGUUGGAUUCAUGUGUCGAAAGGAAAGCGGCAAUCGAUUCAGAAGUUGAUAGACUGAAAGCUAAAACACAGGAUAUCUUGAAACAUCUAUUGAAAGAUCCUGAGAAGAAUGUGAAGAAUCAUCUGGAUUUAUAUUUGUCGAACUUGACACACAACAUCACGUCAACCCAGAAACGAAUCGCGGAGAAACAGACUGAGCUGACAAAACUGGAGAGUAAGAGGCAACACACGGAUGAGAAGCUGCGAACCAGUCGACGGACGCUGUUAGCAGACGAAGAGGAACUGCAGAACAUCUGUCUCGAUCAGGACUACGAAGAGGUGGUCAAUACUACCACGGAAGCGCUCAAGAGAGUUCAGGAUGACACAGGCACCCUGAAGUCGUCGAUGGUAAUGUUUAGAAAGUACAUAGCCAAGCUGCAGGAACCACGACCUUGCUGUCCCCUCUGUACGAGGACGUUCAGUGCGGACCAGGAGGCUUUAGAACUGGCUAGAUCGUUAGAGACAAAACUGGAGAAUGUACCCAGGCGACUGGUGUCAUCGACGGAAGAACAGAAUCGACUGGAAGAGAAGCUAACCAGAUUACAGCAGUUGAGACCUGUCUACCAACGAGUCAGUCAGCUUAAAGACACCGAUUUACCUCAGUUCAAUGAAGAGCUGAGCGCCGUUUCGGAGCAAAUCAAGGCGCUGACUGAGGAAAUAGCAGCCAUUGAAGGUGACCUGGAGAUUGGACUCAAACAGGACGAGAACCUCGCCAAAGGCAUCCAAGUGGAUGUCAUCAACCUGGAUCAGAAAAUGUUGGAGGCCAGAAACAUUGAAAAGGAGAUUGAAAAUUUGCGGGCAAAGAUACCAACUACUGGUUCUACCUUAUCACAAGCUCGCAAUAAACGUGAGGAGCUACAAGAAAAACUGGAAUCGGCAAGGAAAUCGGUGGAGAGUAUCCAGGCUAAGAAAACCACUCAUGUCAAUAAAAUCAACAAGCUUACCACUGACCAAAACGAAAUUGUCAAAGAACAACUCAAGGUGGAGAAAGGUGUACAACAAAUGAAACAGCUGAUGGACAAGAAAUGCGAACUGAAGGAAUUGGAGAGUUCGCUGAGUGACCAGAUUGAGAAGUUGUCGAAUGAAGAGUUUCCCAUCAAACAGAAGCUGGAGGCGGCUGAGAGAGAGAAGAACGAACACAAGCGUACCAGUCGUAAUGCUAUUGAGAGAGAAAACAACAAGCUGAAAUCGAUCGAACAGCAAAACGUGGACGUGCAAAAGUUGAACAGCAAAGUGUUGCAGUUUGAGCGACAGAAGAUCAACCAGCAGUUGGAGGAGAUAGAGAAGGAGAUAAGCCAAUUGACAAGGACCAUUGACAGUCGUGCCCAGAACAAGGUGACCCUGCUAUCGCAGAAGGAUAUGGCAAAGGCUGAUAUAUCCAAUCAGGAUGCUCGGCACCGUGACCUGAACGACAACAAGAAUUUGAGGAAAAAGCGUAAAGAAGCAGAGGAACUGGAAAACCGAUUGAAAGAUUUGGAAACGAAUAUCGGCGAUUUGGAUUUUGAGCAAAUAAUACAAGAGUCGGCCGAGUUGGAAUUCAAAUACGAUAACCUGAAAGAGAAGAAAAAUCAAGCUUUCGGUACGAAACGUGAAAUUGAAUCGAAAGUGAAAGAGGUUAAAGCUGAUCUUGCGAAGCCCCAGUUUAAGAAUGCCUUGAAGGAUUACAAGGAAAAACUGAUCGACCAUAAAGUGCAGGAAGCAGUGAUCAAAGACCUGGGCGCUUACUACCUGGCAAUGGACUGGGCUCUGAAGAAGACACACACUGAGCGCAUGCGCACAAUCAAUGUGAUCAUUCGCGACCUAUGGCGCAACAUCUAUGUCGGCAACGACAUUGACUACAUCGAGAUCAAAACUAGCGACGACGAGAUCAAAGAUGCUGACAAGAGGAGAGAUUUCAACUACAGGGUGGUCCAAGUCAAGAAUGGAACGGAACUGGACAUGCGUGGACGGUGUAGUGCCGGCCAAAAGAUCUUGGCGUCGAUAAUAAUUCGCCUGGCGUUGGCGGAGACGUUCAGCACGAAUUGCGGAGUGAUCACCCUGGACGAGCCCACCACCAACCUCGACAGAGACAAUGUGAUCAGCCUCUGCAACGCUCUCAUCAACCUUGUCUCGUCUAGAGCGACACAGAAGCACUUUCAGAUGAUAAUCAUCACUCACGAUGAGGACUUUAUCGCGCGUCUCACCCGGGAGGAGAAGGUGAACUGUUUCUGGAAAGUGUACAGAGAUAAUAAAGGACUGUCCAAGAUCAUCAAGUGUGAUCCUAUAAGAAUGAAUGAAUGAAUCUCAUGAAUACAGUUCAUGAAUGAAGUUCAUGGAUGAAUUUCAUCUAUGAAGUUCAUGGAUGAAUUUCAUCAAUGAAGUUCAUGGAUGAAUUUCAUGAAUGAAGUUCAUGAAUGAAUGAAUUGUGAACUGGAAGCUCAGGAUCAUGCUAUAAAGUGAGAAAUACAUUCUUGGAUGUUUUUUGUUGAAAUUAUGAUAUGUUAUCUGUAUUGUAUGAUCUGAAGUGAAAAUAGAAAUAAAGCCUGGUUUUCAUUAGUAGAAUUAGUGCCGGUUGCACAAAUCCGGUUAAAUUUCAACCGUGAUCAAUCCCACGAGAACCAAUCAGAGAAGCCGUCUUAUCAAAAAGGCCUUCUCUGAUUGGUUCUCGUGAAAUCAAUCACGGUUAAAAUUUAACCGGCUUUUGUGCAACCGGGCCUUAGUGGUGGAGUUCCUUAGUGGUCGUUAUUGAUCCUUCUGCUGUAUGAAUUAUUAUAGAUCACAUCGAAACGUCUCUCACAUCUGCAUAGAAUAUUUCUGUUUUAGAGAAACCUUUAUAAACUACUAUAUAUCCAUAUGAGACUGUUUAAGCCUGGUUGCCAUUAGUAGAGUUAGUGGUAGAGUUUCCUGGGCAAGUACUAACUAUCUUGUGAACUCUCCCAAUGAAAACGUUUAUGGUAGAGUACUAGUUUUUAGUAGAGUAGAGUGGGAUAGUACUCUACCCACU